CCCGGGCGGUGUCCGGGCGGUCCCGGUGAGUCACGGUGCCCCCCCGCUCCCUCCGCGCCCCCCGGUCCGGCCCGCCCCCGCCGUGCCUAUCCCGGGCCGGACCGCGCCCCGGCACUGCCCGCACCGCCACCGGCACCGAGCACCGAGCACCGAGCCCCGCGCGGAUUUUGGCAGCCCCAGGCAGGAUGCCGUCGCAGCUGGAGCACGCCAUGGAGACGCUGAUGUUCACCUUCCACAAGUACGCGGGGGACAAGGAGCACCUGGCCAAGGAGGACCUCAGGGCGCUCAUGGACAAGGAGUUCCCGGGGUUCCUCGAGAACCAGCGGGACCCCAACGCCCUGGACCGCAUCCUGCGCGACGUCGAGCAGAGCCGCGAUGGCCGCGUUGGCUUCCAGGGCUUCUUCUCGCUGGUGGCCGGGCUCACCAUCGCCUGCAACGACUACUUCGUGCAGCACAUGAAGCAGCGCGGCCGCCGCUGAGACCCCCACCCAUGGGUGCCCCCCACCCACCCGGGGGUGUCACCCCAAACCCGCCUUGGAUCCUCCCUUAACCCUAAAUGUGUGCCCUGAUCCCCCUUUGGGGUUCUGAUCUCUCCCCACUAAGGUCCUGAACCCCUCCUGAGGGGCUGAGACCCCCCCAGGGGGAUUGAGACCCUCAGCCCCACCCAUGGGUGCUCCCCACCCACCCGGGGGUGUCACCCCAAACCCGCCUUGGGUCCUCCCUUGACCCUAAAUGUGUGCCCUGAUCCCCCUUUGGGGUCCUGACCCUUUCCCUCUGAGGGUCCUGAGCCCACCCGGGGGUCCUGACCCCCCCCCAUUGCAAGCUAAGACCCCCUCUGGGGGGAUUGGGGUGCCCCCCACCCAUGGGUGCCCCCACCCGCCCAGGGGUGCCACCCCAAACCCACCCUGGAUCCUGUCCCGACCCUAAAUGUGUGCCCUGACCCUGAUUUGGGGUCCUGACCCCCCCACCAUGGGUGCCCCCCCACCCCUGGGUGCCCCCAGCCCCCCCCCGGGUCCUGUUGGGACCCUUCAGUGUCACCCCCUCCCCACCAUGGGUGCCCCCCACCCUGGGGUGCUGCCCUGACCCCCC